AAUUGAAAAUAUAACGUUAUUCAGAUUUCAGUAUAACAUCGGAUAUCCCUGAUUUCGGUUAUUGGGAUUUGAGUUAUUAUUAAUUCGAGUUGUUGGGGUGUUUCGUUUGUGACGUUUGUGUUUACCGACUUGCUAUUUCCAAGGGACCUAGUGAAUAGUGUGAUUAGUGUGACCUGCCACGGUCUGUUGUCUGUCCAUACUACUUCUAUGAGGCCGACGACCAUUUCGCGAUGGAACCGGCAGCCGAAUCAAUAUCGGUGCGAUCAAUGCGCAUUAGCGAAGUGCUCAGUGGUCCGACAAUUAUGGCCACGACGGCUCUGAACAAGGAACUGCUGUUCGACGCCAUCAUAUUGCUGUUUGACGAAUGCAACAACGACUUCAUGAAGAGCGAUCCGCUGAUCACAAAUUUUGUGAAUAAAUUUAAAAUGGCUAUACCAGAGUUGAAAUCCCUCAGAGUCAACCGUUUGGAUUUUGAAUCCAAACAAGUGAUCGGCAAAGGGCAUUUUGGAGACGUAGAACUAGUAAUAGAGAAACAUACCAAGGAUAUUUUUGCCAUGAAAGUGUUGAAAAAGGAUAAUUUGCUUAAUCAUAGAGACAUUGCUUUUUAUGAAUACGAAAGAGAUAUUAUGGCGUCAUCUAGUUCUCCCUUUUUAACACAAUUGCAUUAUGCUUUUCAAGACUUUCAAAAUCUUUACCUAGUUAUGGACUACCACCCAGGUGGAGAUUUUGCAAAUUUAAUUGAUAAGUUUAAUGGUACAUUACCAGAAGAAACAGCUAAAUUUUAUAUCGCAGAACUCUUAUUGGCUGUUAAACAUCUGCAUACAAUGGGAUUUGCUCAUCGUGAUAUAAAACCAGAAAAUAUGAUGCUAGAUCGUGUUGGACAUUUGAAAUUAGUUGAUUUUGGUUCUUCUGCAAAACUUAACCGUGAUGGAAAAAUAUGUGCUCGCAUGCCUGUUGGUACUUCAGAGUAUUUAGCACCGGAAGUUCUAAUAUUUAUGCAGUCUAGUUCAAAGUCAUUGGAAGGUUAUGGACCCCAAUGUGAUUUGUGGUCUGUUGGCAUUGUUGCAUAUGAGAUGGCAACUGGGGAUACUCCAUUCAAUUCUGAACAACAAGCAGUUAUUUAUUCAAAUAUAUUAAACUUUGACAAUAUAUUGAAGUAUCCUUCAUAUUUGAAAGUAUCUUCAUCUUAUAGACAGAUGAUCGAGUCUUUAGUAUGUCAUGUAGACAAAAGGUUUACUGUUGACAUGAUGUUAGAUUUGGAUAUUUUUUCAAAAAUAAAUUUCAAUAGCUUACAUGACCAGGUACCACCUUACAUUCCAUCUCUUUCAUCUGAUAAUGAUGUUUCUAAUUUUCCAAUACAUGAACGUGUUCGUCCAGCUCUUAACAUAAAUGAUUUUAAAAAACAAAAACAAUUUUCUGGCAGAGAUCUUCCAUUUAUUGGUUUUACAUAUAGUAUGCAAGUAUCAAAACGUAAUCAAUCAUAUUUUAUGACCAACAACCCUGAAUUAGAAACAUCUAUAAGAGUAAAGCGUAAGGAAUUAGAAGAUGCUCAAGUUUUAAUACAAGCAUAUGAAGACAAAUUAGCAGAAUAUGACUCAUUAUUUGUUGAAAAUGAUAGGAAGAUUAAAAAAAUGGAAGAAGAAAAUGUUUUGUUGCAUGUAGAUGUGACUUCAUUGAGUAGUGAAUUAGGUAGAUUAACCAAAAUCAGUGAGAAUAGUGAUACUAGUCAUGACGACAUUAAUAAUAUUACACAUAAAAAACAAGCAGAAAUGGUUAAAAAUGAAAUUGAUAAAUGGGAAAUCAAAACAAUUAAUGAAUUAUAUAAUAUUGAGGAAUUAAAAGUACAAAAUGAAGAUUUACAAGCCCAGAACAGUGAACUACAAUCACAAUUAUGUAAACACCAAGAUGACAUUAAAAUAUAUCAAAGCAAUGAAGAACAACUUAACAAAAAAAUUGUUAAGCUUAAAUCUAAAUUAAAGCACAUUGUUCGUCGAUCAAAACAGUUGACUGAAGAAAAUAGUAUAGAUAAUCAUGUUUCUGCAUUGAUAUCUGAAAUGAAAGUUAAAGAAGAUACAUUUGAAGUUGAAAAAAAUCAACUAAAAAUUGAUAAUCAAUGUCUUAAUAAAAAAAUAGUUAUUAUAGAAAAAGACUUAGACAGUUUAAAUUCAAAAAUCGCUCAGUAUACAGAGAAAGAACUUGCAAUGCUAUCUGAACAUAAAAAUAUGUGUAAGAAAAUGGCUUCUGAUUUCGAAUCUAAAUUGAAUUGUAUAACUCAUGAUAAAGAUAAUGAAAUAGAAAAAUUACAUACACAAUUAGCUCAGCUCGAAUCAAAAUUGAAUUGUAUAACUCAUGAAAAAGAUAAUGAAAUUGAAAAAUUACAUACACAAAUAGCUCAGUUGCAACAACAAAACUGUUGUCUAAACAGUGAAUCUUUACUUUCUUUUGAAAAACAUGAAACAGCAAUCUCUGAAAAAGAAAAUGAAAAGGAGUAUGAAACAGAGUUGCGAAAUCGAGAACAAGAAAUUCGUGAUUUAAAAUUAGACUUGAGAAUUUUGCAAAGAAAAUAUAAAACAAUGGAAGAUAAUAUCAGUAGUCUUAGAGAGUAUCACAAAGAUGCACGGAAUAAUUUUAAGCAAGAAAUUGCUAAAUUACAAGAAGAAAAGAAUUUGCAAAUUAAAAACAAAGAAGAUGAACUUAAGUUAUUGCAGGAUAAUAUUACAAAUCUCAAUCAAGGAUUAGAAUCAUUACAAUUGAAAUAUGACAAAGAAGUAGCUGAACACCAAAGGCUAAGUAAUGAAUUAACUAGGAUAAAUAAUGAAUCUAAGGUCCAAAUAAGUGAAAAGUCUUCUCUUGAAAGACAAAUUCUUGAGUACAAAACUAAAUUUCAUAAAAGUGAAACAAAUAUUAAAACAUUACGAGAACUGGUUACUGUCCAAGAUGAACAACUUGACAGCUUUGAAGAAUCUAUUCUAACCUUUAAAAACAAAGAAAAACAAUUUUUGGAAGACAUAAAAACCAAACAGAAUGAAAUUGAAAAAGUAAGAAACGAAGUGCGUGAAGCAAAAAAAUUGUAUAAUGAAGAAAAAUCAUUGAGAAUUUUAGCUGAAAGUAAGGGUAAAACAUUUGAAAGUGUGCAAGAUAAUGUUAAAGAAGAGUUGAAAUUAUUAUCAGAUCGAGUUCAUGAUAAAAACGUAGAAAUUGAUUCAAUGAAAAAACAGUUAGAUGAAGUCAACUCUAAUUUAAGAGAGAAAAGUACAAUGUUCUAUACACUACAAAUUGAAUCCGAAAAGGUCAUCAAAGAGUUAAAUAAAAUGAAGGCUGAAAUAUCUGAAACUAUUAGUCAAAAACAACUUUUGAAAGAAGCCAAUGUUCGAUUAACUGCUCAGUUAGAAGCUAUGGUUGAAGAUUCAAAUGUUAUGCAGAAUGUAAUUUCAAAAUAUAAGAAUGGUUUGAUGGAACAAAAAGUAUAUUACGAGGAACGUUUAAUAAAAGCAGAUGCUACCAUUCUCCAACAAACAAAACUUAUUGAUUUCCUACAAACGAAGUUUGAUGAUGUAACCAAAAAGAAGAGGACUUUGGGUGAUAUGUUGUUCAGUGGUAAAAACAAAGAAAAUAUUGAUCAAAAGGAAAUCGAAUCUCUAUUGAAUUCUGAAAGAAGUAAAUCUAAAGAUCUAGCAAAUAAACUUUAUCAAACUCAAGCUGAAUUGAACAUGAUGAGAACACAAGGUCCAUCAACACCUUUAGUGCCCAUUUGUCUUAAUUUUGAAGCUAAUUCGCCUGCCUAUAAAAAAUUAAAAUCUAAUACACUCUCUCAACUUCAGUCAUUUCAUAAGUUUGAAGUAAAGAUAUGCAAACGUGAUGGAUUACAAUGUACACACUGUAAAACUGAAAUUGUAAGUAGGCAACAAAUUAGUCAAUGUCAAGAGUGUAGGGUGUCUACACAUGUAACAUGUUCGCAUGAAUUAUUACCUGAUUGCACUCCUAUAAAAAAAGAAGAAGAAUCCACUACACCUGUUGUUCUAAGCGAUAGUGAGAAAAAAACUGAAAUUGAAUCAUGGGUUACUAUUUGGGACAAUACAAAACAAAUUUGGGAUCGAAAGUAUGCAAAAUUUGAACAAGGGGUGCUAUUAAUUUUCAACGAUAAAUAUGAUACCCAACCAUUCUAUACUCUGCCAUUGAUGAUGUCAUCAAAUAUUGUUAAAGUUGUUGAUGUGGCAGAAUCAAAUGAUUCAACAUUUGACAAAAACUCUAAUGAAGAUUAUGAUCAGAUGUUUAAAAUUGAAGUGUACAACUUAAACACUGGUUGGAUGACCUUAUUUUUGUACAUUAUCGUAUCUUGCGUGUCAGAAAAACAGAAUUGGUUGAGUAUAAUUAAAGCGUACUUGGAAAAUUGUGAAAGUGCUGCUCAGUUACAAGAAAAUCAUGAUUACAAAGAUAAUAUAUACACCUUCCAUAAAGAAAAAUUGCUCAAUGUUAACUGCAUUCAUCAAAUAUCACAAAGUGUAUUCUUAUUAGGUGCUGUUGAAGGAUUAUUUUCAGUCCAUAUAAAAUCUGAGAAUGAACAAGUUAAACAUGAUCUCGUCCCUAUCGUUGGACCAAAAUUAGUCAAUGACUUUGUAUUCUUGCCUAAACUUCAAUUAGUUUUAAUGAUUGCUGGAACUACUAAAGAAUUACUAAAAUGUAAUAUGAGAACUGUUGUCCUAAAUUCUGAAUUAAGUCAUAUGUCAAAGCCAGUUAUUGAAGUAGUUCGUAUUGUAGAUGAAAUACGCAACAAUCAACCAUCUAAAAAUAAUACAACUAUGUCUGAAUUGAAAGAAAUUAACUGUAUUGCAGUUUCCCGCUGUAAUGAAUUGGUAGUUAUAGGAUCUGAACAUAGUGUUACUGUUUUAAAAUGGCAAGAUACUCAGUUUGUUGUAACUAAAAUAUUGAAAACCAAUGUCCCAACUAAUUGCAUUUGCUUCAUGCCCAAUGGAAUUAUAUUUACAACCAACAGCUUUUACAAAAUUGAGACAGAAAAUUUCAGUUGUAAAAGAUUUUUUACUGAUUCAGUUGCUAAGUCACAUGAUUAUCGACCAAUGUUUGUGUGUGAAUUGACGAGAAAUAAGGAAUAUCUUUUAUGUUACAAUGUGUACGGAGUGUUUGUUGACUCUGAUGGCAAGAAAACACGUGGUGGUGAAAUGAAGUGGCCAUACAGUCCAAAUAGUUUUGCUUUCAAAAAACCAUUUUUAGUAAUUGUAUCUGAAUCCGAAAUUUCUGUUAUAAAAAUUACCCAGUCAUGUUGUGUGGAUGAAGAUUCAUGGAGUAUUACAUCAACUAAACAGCCAAAAGAUAAAGCAGUUUUGACCAUAAACCGUCCUAAACUUCUAAGAGGUAGCGAUAUUUGUUUGACUAACACAAAUGAUUUCCAAGGUACAUGUAGUAUCUUUCAGUUGGAUCCAUCUAAAAUUAUUAAAAACUCACUAGCUUCAAAUGAUACCUUAGACACCCUAGACACACAGGACACAUGUGAUGAAUCAGAGUUCAGUUUUACUUCUUCCAUGCUGGAAAAUUUAGAUGAACCAGAGGAAAAUCAAAAAAAAGUUUGCUUCAACCCUAAUAUACAAUUUAAUAGUAAUUAAAAAUUUGUUUUUAUAAUUAUUAUUUAUUAUUAUUACUAUUAAGAUAACUGUUUUUAAAUCUAGAUUUAUUUUUGUAUUAUUUAUUCUAUUUACUAUUUAAGUACUCUUUGUUUUAUCUGAUUAACGAAACUAAUUAAGUUUUGUUUCAAAGUAUUUUUCACAAUGAUAGUGAACCAUUUGUUUUUUGUUUUUUUUUUAUAAAACUCAUAUUUUAAGUUAAUCACGAUUUUGUAUUAAACAUGUACUUCUUUUUAAAAA